GCCAUGGGCCGUGUAAUCCGUGGACAGAGGAAGGGCGCCGGCUCCGUUUUCCGCGCACAUGUGAAGCACCGUAAGGGCGCCGCGCGGCUUCGCGCCGUGGACUUCGCCGAGCGCCAUGGCUACAUCAAGGGCAUCGUGAAGGACAUCAUCCACGACCCGGGCCGCGGUGCCCCCCUCGCCAAGGUGGUUUUCCGCGACCCGUACCGGUUUAAGAAGCGGACAGAGCUGUUCAUCGCAGCAGAGGGCAUCCAUACGGGCCAGUUCGUGUACUGCGGCAAGAAAGCUCAGCUCAACAUCGGUAAUGUGCUUCCGGUGGGCACCAUGCCCGAGGGUACCAUCGUGUGCUGCUUGGAGGAGAAACCUGGGGACAGGGGCAAGCUGGCACGCGCCUCCGGAAACUACGCGACCGUCAUUUCCCACAACCCCGAGACCAAGAAGACCCGCGUGAAGCUGCCCUCGGGCUCCAAGAAGGUCAUCUCUUCCGCCAACAGAGCGGUGGUGGGUGUGGUAGCUGGUGGUGGCCGCAUUGACAAGCCCAUCCUGAAGGCAGGCCGUGCCUACCACAAGUAUAAGGCAAAGAGGAAUUGCUGGCCACGUGUACGGGGUGUAGCCAUGAACCCAGUGGAGCAUCCAUUUGGAGGUGGCAAUCACCAGCACAUUGGAAAGCCCUCUACCAUCCGCAGAGAUGCCCCGGCUGGCCGGAAAGUGGGUCUCAUUGCUGCUCGUCGGACUGGGCGGCUCCGGGGAACCAAAACUGUGCAAGAGAAAGAGAACUAGGGACCUAAUAAAGCCAGUUUUCCUGCCA